UUGACAAGAUGUGUUGGACAAGUGUCGUGGUCAUUUGUAUUUUAUGCAAAGCGUUUAAAUAAAUAACUUUAAAAACAGUAUAAUACGCCUGUAAAAAGUGUGCGGAAAAAGAAUUUCAAUUUAAUUGCGGUGAACCAUUUCGCAAUUAACAAAAACAAGUUGCUAAAAAUCGUUCGGUUAAUACAAUUGUGCAAACGAUCAGAAUUACGAGUCUCGUGUUCAAUGGCGAUUCGGGUAACAAAAGAUGCAUAUUCCUUGAAAAUGCACUGAAAAAUACAACAGUAGUUCCGUCAAAAAUAUCCAUACGUACAUAUGUCUUUACAAAUUACUAUGCGAUUGCUGAAUAAUCAAUGCUUUCCAAAAUAAUUAAAUAAAUUUAUAGUUAAUACAGUGAGUAGCUUAAUGCAUUGGCUACCGAAAAAGUAAAAAAUUUGUAUUACCGACUUGUGUUAGUGCAGCGUUCGUGUAUUUUCUGAACAAAGAGAAAAUGUGUCUGGGCAUAAGCGGCGACCGCAGCAUCAAAACAUUGUCCAUAGUGCCAUGUCAGCGGAAUGGAGUUAAAUUUAACUUUAUAAUCGUACUAUUCUUGAAUCUAUUGCUGAAUUCACGCAGUCAAUUGCUCAUCAACGUACAAAAUCAAGGUGGUGAGGUCAUACAAGAAAGCAUCACCUCCAAUGUCAGCGAGGACUUAAUUACUUUAGAAUUUCAAAAAACGGAUGGCACGCUUAUCACACAAGUCAUUGAUUUUCGAAAUGAAGUCAAAAUCGUCAAAGCACUCGUGCUGGGCGAAGAGGAACGUGGCCAAAGUCAAUAUCAGGUCAUGUGUUUUGUGACGAAAUUCAAUAAAGGCGAUUUCAUUUCAUCCGAUGCAAUGGCGAAAUUGCGUCAAAAGAAUCCCAGUACAAUACGUACACCGGAGGAAGAUAAGGGACGAGAAACGUUUACGAUGACAUCGUGGGUUCAUCUAAAUCGUUCAUUGCCAAUAACACGUCACCUACAAACGUUAUGCGCUGAGGCCGCUGAUGCGACUUAUGUGCGUAGUGCCGAUCUGAAGGCGUGGGCGGAAUUGCCAGGCUCCUCCAUCUCUAGCCUGGAAGCGGCCGCUGAGAAAUUUCCCGACACCCUCUUCUCACGUUGCAAUGAGGUGAGCGGUUUAUGGGCACCUUGUCUGUGUACGCUCGAAACCUGUAUCGGCUGGUAUCCUUGUGGCCUCAAAUAUUGCAAAGCCAAGAAUGGCGGCGAUUCAUCGGCGGCGGCACAGCCCAACUAUCGCUGCGGCAUUAAGACGUGUCGCAAAUGUAGCCAAUUUACCUAUUAUGUGCGACAGAAACAACAAUGUCUAUGGGAUGAAUGACGAGGGCUGCAUAUGAUGGGCUUAAGCAGUUACUGUAAACAUAAAACUUGCUCAGUAAAUAAGUGGCCAACGACAACACUAACAACAACAGCGGUGGCCGCAGCAGCAUCAAGCAAUCGUUAUCGGCCGUUAACGGCGGGCGUGGUGCCACCACAUCGUCGCUGGUAUGCGCAUAGGAAUAUAUUUUGCGGCGGCAAUAAACUCUGCGUUUCAUAUAACAAUCGCGACUUUGCUGUCGCCGUCUCGGCGGUGGCUGUGAAUCAUGAAAAAAUGUUUAGGCUGCAAUUGCCACUACUCUUCGUGGUAUCGCCGUCAGCAGCAGUGUCAACGAAUGCGGCGGCGGGGACACCAAUGGACUACUGAAGCUGUUUGCCGAUAACAAGUAAACUUUAUUCAUUACUUAUUUAUCUGCUUAUUUUAUUUAUUUUUUGAUAUUUGCGUAGUGUAAAUAUUCAAUUGUAAACAAAAAGUAAUAUAGGUAUACUAUGUAUAUAGAAAUGUAACGCUUAUCUUUAUUAUAUGAGGCACAUAUGCGUUACUUAUGUUAGCUUAUGGAUUAAGUUUAUUUAAAAUUGUUUUUUUUUUUGCAUUUAUACGCAUUUUCGCGAAACAUCUUCUUGUUUGGAACCCAAUUUGCUAAUUUGAAAGGAAAAACUUCGAUUUAAGACUGUUAGAUACAUACAUAUGUAAGGUUGACAAGAAGUGCUAGUAAGUUUAUGGUUUCAUAUUGGGUACACUUUAAAUGUUGUCUAUAAAAUUUUGCGUCCGUUUUUUUGCACACAAGCUGAAUAUUUGAUACGGAAGCAGUACUGCGUAAUUUGCUAAACUUAAUUUUCUGUUAUUUUGCAUAAUUUUAUUUAUUUAUUUUUUGUUUUUAGUUUUUUUUUUCAUUGGAAAAAUUUAGGGCGAAUUGUGCCCUUUGGUUCUUGGACUCUAGCUCUUGAGUCUUGGCUAGAGCAUCUGGUAAAUCUUCGGCACAUGCAAUCAAGAAUAUUAAGUUAAAUUGAUCAAAUUCACAGGAAACUUUGAUAUUUUACUUAUCUUCAAUCUUCACACUUUUUUCGUAUUAUUUACUUUAUUAAAUGUUAACAACUUUAUAAAAUGUGAAAUUUUAUCAGAGCACAAAAAAGCACAGCUUCACAGCUAUGACGUUUGCGUAAAAUCGUAAAUAAGGGACAUAAAGGUGCCAUUAGUCCCGUUAUGAAAAUCCUUGGUGCAUGAUCCCUGUUUAAUUAUAUCGUUAUGUCCGCAUUACUUCCAUGCGUCGUUACUGACUUAUUUGUUAAUAGUGUUAAUUACCAGGUUGUAGUAUUCAACAACCGACAUAGCGCCUUGUCGAGGGACGCUUAGUUUUUGCCCAUUUGUCCGAAUAUGCGAAAUCGGGUCUUGCUAUUAUCGCAUCAAAAUUUAAGACUGUUCCAUGAUUUUUUAACGUGUCAUUGGCGUCAUGGGUAAAUUUGUUGCGUAGUAGGGCUGUGCAAUUAAUUGAUUUCGAUUAACCAAAAAAAAAAAACUAUUUGAGUAAUUUGCUUUAU